AUGAGCCACAAUGAAAACCCGGGAUUCACCGCCGCGGUCCACGUCCAUGUACCUGAAAACCCGGUACAUGUUCAUAUGAGGAGGAGUCCGGCAAAAACCACACAGACCGGUGCACCUGAUGCCCCUGUGAAGGGGGAUGGAGGGAGGUCAAAAGGUCGAGCACCGUGGAUUCCUCCAGGAAGAUCAUCGAGCCGAAGAGAUGUGGACUCGUACAAGUGUCAGAGAAGCAGAACGCAGCAUCGAUCAGAAAGUGGACACCGGCGCGAUACUGAAGAGACGGGAGAAGAAAUGGAUUCAGUGUCCAGAAACCUCAGCGUCCUCCUCAGAGAACAUGAAAACAACUGCCGCAUAAAGAAAUCCACCUCUGCAGAUCAAUCCAGGGACACAGACGUGCUCCUGCGGGCGUUGGUAGAAGCAGAGAUUGAUGGCGUGGCUGUAGCCAAUCAGCUGACGUCUCUGAAGGAAACUGUUGACAGCCUCGCUAAGGAUAAGCGGCUGUCAAAGUUGCAGACAGCUUCGUUUGGACGGCAGCAGAACCUGUUACUGGAGAAGAUGGAGAUGUUCGACAGCACGAACCACAGCCUUCGAGAGCUGCUCAGAGAAUGGACGGAGCAAGAGAGAGAAUCCCUGGUGUGGUCGCAGCAGAAGGACGCUUUAAUGAAGAGACUGUCCCACAGUGAGACGGAGAACAUUCGACUUUUGGCCAAACUCAGCAGCAAAGAGAAAGAGGCUUUCAAACUUGCUGAGCACUUGGACUUCGAAAAGGAAACCGUCAGGACCACAGAGGAGCUUUCAAAGCUUCUGGAGUCGACCCGUCACCAUCUGGAGUCUCAGCUGAGCCGAGCCGACGCCGAAAAGACCCAGCUCACAGCGCAGAUCCAGAGGAUGCAGCAGAUCUACGAGCAUCAGCAGGAGGAGCUGCAGAGUCUGAGGAGCCGGAAGGAGGAGGAGGAGGUGGAGAGGAGACACCAGGAGGAGUCCACCAGGCAGCUGACCGAGAAACUCCAGGAGAAGGAGUCCCAGUUGGCCCAGGCUCUGUCCACGUCCAGCGACUGGUGUCUCCGUCAUUCGAAGGAGGCGGCAGCUCGAGGACAGAUGGAGGACGAGGUGUCUGCUCUCAAACAGCGGCUGUCGGAGCUCGUCUCUCAGCUUCACUCGACCGAGGAGAGGAGUCGGACGGAGCGGGAGGAACUCCGCGAUCAGAUUCAGCGUCUCAGCGCCGAGAACGGCUCUGCCCGGCUGGACAACCAGAGACUGAAGAGUCAACUGGCGAGUUCCGAGGAGAAGCUCAAAGUUCUGCAGUCUGAGGCCCGUCAGCUGAAGUCCACCAUCAAGAAGCAUGAAAACCUGGUGGAGAAAUACCAAAAGAAGGUCCGACAGGCUCGUCUGGAGGCGGAGGAGUUCUGUCUGAAGCUGGAGGAGACGCAGAAGGAGGCGCGGGACCUGAAGGUGAGCCUGGAGCGGGAGAAGGAGCAGCUGAGGAGGGAGCUGCUGGGCCGGAUCCGGGAGCUGGAGGCGCUGCCGGACAGACUGAGGAGGAGCGAACAGCAGCUCCGAGACGCCCAGCAGGAGGCGCAAGGGUACGAGAGGAGGAGCCUGGAGAGCAGCUCCGCCCUGUCCGAAGUCAGACACAAGGUGGAACAGCAAGGCGCUCAGCUGGAGAUAUUUCAGCAGAAGAACCUGCUGCUGCAGGAGGAGAACAACAGCCUCAACAAGAAAGUUCAGCAGCUGGAAAGGAAGCUGGAGGACGUAAAGGCUGAGAACAAAGACCUGACUCAGGCUCUGACCGUGACUGAAGCCAACAGCUGUAGACUUCAGCAGCAGCUGGAGGAGAAGACCCUGGAAUGCAGCGUGGUGUCCAGACAGCUGCAGCAGAGUGUGGACGACGCUAACAGACAGGUGGAGGAGGGCAUGCAGAGGGUCCUGGCCAAAGAGAGAACGUCCCAGUCCAAGGCCUUGGACCUGCAGAGUCAGCUGAGCCGAGCCAGAACCGAACUGAGCCAAAUGCGACGAAACAAAGACGAGAUGGAGCGUCGUUUCCAGACUCAGCUGCAAAACCUGAAGGACAGACUGGAGCAGUCGGACUCCACCAACCGCUCUCUGCAGAACUACGUCCACUUUUUGAAAACGUCAUACGGAAACGUGUUCGGUGACUCUUUACUCACCAGUUAAAGCUGGUUUAAUCUGCAUCUGUCCAUUCCCAAAGAAAACAACAAUGUGACAUUUAUUUUUUAGUCUUUGUAUUCGUCUUUUAUAUCGUCUGUGAAAUGAAUUCAAGUCCUUUGUAAAUUAAAUGUUUUUAGCCUGUUCAAAUGUAUUUAUGUACUUUUUAAUAAAGCACCGUCCUGCACAGUUCA